GAUUAUAUUUUAUUGCAGUCAUGUUUAUUAACUUGUUCGUAUUGUUUUCUAUAUUUGGUUUACAUCGAACACUACACUAUGAUGAUGGUCCCGGCAUCGAAUUUAAAAAACCACCCACUGAAGGCCGCAGGUGCGGUAUUUGUCCAACAUAUUUCCACAAGUUGUGCGCGUUCGACUUUCAGACAAACGAGACGUAUAUAUUUGACAACGUUUGUAUUAUGGAUUUGUAUAAUUGUAUUCACGGCACAGAAUUCGUAAAAUUAAAUUACGAAAAUUGUUUAUACUUCGGAAACUUCGCGUAUGUUCAUGGACUAAAGUAUGAAGAUUACGACUACGGGGAAGAUCACUUUAUCAUUACAAACUCCAAAAAGAAUCCAGAUUUCGUUUAAACUAUGAUUUUUUGUGUCAUACAAUGUUAUAGAUUUGGAAGCAAUAAUAACAACUAGUAUAUUUGCCAUUAAUAUUUAUUUCAUAAUUCA